AUGGGGAAGAGGUCCGCGUACGACGCCCAUGCCAAAGGCGCGCAUGCUGAUCGCGACAACAAGCGCCAGAGGACCGACGCCCACCACGAGCGCAAUUCACCCCGCCCACACGGCAAUGCCGACGACGUCACCGCUGCACGCGACUUGCAGAAUGCUCUGUUCUUCGACCAGAGCUCCCACGCCAGCUUUCGAAGCGGCCUAAGCUUGUUCAAGCGUUUCCUCGACUCCAUCCUCUACCCGGCCGACGAGCACCAUCUGCCACGCAAGCGAGCUAUCCUCCGCGAGUAUCUGGAUACACAAAAGGGAAGAGGACGGGAUGAAAAGGACAAGACAUUUCUGCAGAAUCUCACACAGGCAUGGGACUAUGCCGUUGAAACCAACAAUAGCGCCAUUGUUUCCCAGGUCACGGCGGUGCUGGCGCUCUUGUUCAAGGUCUUUGCCAGCCACGCCGAUUUCCUAGAGUACGGCACCCUCUUGGCCAAAACACUGUUGCAGCCGUCCAUUACUCGCCGCUUCGUACGGAGUACCUCGGCCGCGGCCAAGGAAGAGAACGUCAUUGCGCCCGCGCUGCGCUUGCUUACCGAGCUCACACGCUUCAACCAAGGCGCACAUGCAAGGGCCGUCUACGCAAAACGAGACUUUACCCUCGAGCCCAAGAUCCUCGGGCGAAACAUCAACCUGACCAGAGAGCAAUCGGCGGCCGACCAUGUCAAGAAACCAAGCAUCCGAACCACGGCCGUCAGGUACCUCUUGACGCAUUUGCGAUACCAGGAUGAACGCGCCAAAAGCGAGAUCCUGUCUCACACCAACGUUGUUCGCACUGUGUUCGAUCACAUUCGUACAGAUCCGCCUUUCUUGAUAUACGAAAUACUGGAUGUAUUCAAGAGUCAUGUUUUCCAGGACAAGGCUAUUGCCCGGCACACGAAAAACAAAAUCUUGAAUGGCAAGGUACUUUCGCGGAUAGCGAGCUUGUACAGCUAUGAAGUAGAAGAGGGCUCGCUUUCUGAAGGACAAAAAGCGCCGGAUCAGCUCGCUCAUGAGUUCUUGCGUCUGGUGUGCACGGAUCCCGCAUACGGUGUGAUGCUGCCUACGCAGGGCUUUUACCCAUCUACAUUCGACGACGACGAGGGCGAGCAGGACGAUGCAGCUGACUACGGCAAUGACCUUGGCCUCGAAUCGGUUGACAGCUACAGCAAGAUAACAAAAGUGCGCAACAUCAUUCUCUCAGAGUUCAUCCAAAACCAAAGACCAUACGCGAAUACGCUGCAUCAGGAGCUUGUUGUGGACAUUUUCCGAGCUUGCCCGGAGCUCAUUGCAGACUACUUUGUCAAGCGACGCGACUUCAGCUACGACCCCAAACUCACGUCAACAUGGAUAGGCUAUUCGGCAUUCCUGUACCAGACCAUCCAGCUGCCAGUCCCGAAAUACUUUGGUGCCAAGAAAAAUUACCGCGACCACCCUCCGCCGGUUCCUGUGCUGAUGAACAGCAUCUUGCCCCAGCCUUUGAAUCAGCAAGUGCUCACCAAGUGCCUGAAUCACAGCUCGGAUCUCGUACAAUUAUUCGCUAUACGCGUCUUGAUAGCAGCACUCCAAAAGCUGCGAAGCGUCCUCCAAGAGUUCAGCAAUGCCAGCGCUGUCAGGUCGUCCAAGCAGUGGGAGCAUGCAUCUAAACGAUUGAUAUCAGAGGUUAGCCGGCGUUGCCCAGCGAUACGGACCGUCUUUUUGGCGCUCAAGAAACCGGGGCUGAAGGACAUGAAGCGAGAGUCAAUUACGAGGUUGCUGCGGCUCUACUACGAGGUCACGCCCCAAGUCGCGCUUCAAGAGAAGUUUGAUGUGUCACUGCCCCUUUGUAACGCAUUGGUAGAGGCUGAAAAGUCCACGGCAUCUCCCGAGGACAAGGUCUUCCGUGUCAUGGAGCUUGAACACUGGAUACAGAUGGCACGGCUUUCGCCAGCAAUGCGUUGGUGGCAGAAACAGAAGAGUGAGCUCUAUGCAGGUAUCCGGUCUCUGCUGAGUGACAUCUUGCAAGAUCAAGAGAUGCUGCAAACCAAAACUUCACCUGAUGCGCUCGAUGCGCUCAUUGCAAGCUUGGGGUCGACAUCAGGGUCAAGUACACCUUCGACCGAGGUGCUUGACUUUGUGGAUGACUGCUGUGCGCGCUUCACAAAGGUGCCUAUCAAGUACUUUGAUGACCUGGAUGCCAUGUGCACGCGCAAUGGGCAGUCUGCGAGUGAGAUUGGACCGUUUAGCAAUUUGCUGAUGACUCUAGUGGAGCAGUGGCCGUUCAAGGGCGGAGAGACGGCAACGAGCAAUGCUGCCGAUGCGCUUGCACAGUGGUUAUCGCGACUUCUCUAUCUCCUCAAGCUGAUUGGCGAGGACGAGAAGAUGCUGGGUCACGUGCGCGACGCCCUGAUGGAAUCGGCCAGUGCAGCAUACAAAGGGGUGCUCAAGGAUGCUUUCCUGUGGAAGAUGGGCAAGGAAAAGGCCAAAGAAUCACUCAAGUUGGCAACCGGUGCAGACUUUAGUGGCUCAGAACGCUCGUCGACGUCGCCAGUGCCGGUACCAGCGCAGCAGGCUGAACAUCAAACUAAGACGAGGUUUGCAGUUGACCUGGAGCCGCCGCCGACUGAGGAUGAGAAACAUAUGGGGCUGACGCGUUGGAGGAAGAAGGACCUUGGUGAAGCGGUGGAAGAUGGGGACGUUGGAGAGCUCAUACUCUGUCUUUGCUCUGAGCAUGCCGAGAUCCGCAGACAAGCCAUCAACAAUAUCCGGCAGCUUACAGCAACGAUCAAGGUCGGUAGUCGAGGGGAUGUGGCCGAAGGUCAGGUUGGAAGCAGCAUAGACUUUGACCUUCAGCAACUCUACCUCCUUCUUGGUGAGCUACUGGAGUCCAUCGACACUACUGGCGCGGAAGCCUUUCCCUAUGUUGGCGGCAUACUGGCUGCACGCUGCGCGAGCAUCGUGGCAGACCCGACUCACUCGCUCUUCAGCACAGUCAACCGAUUCCUCACUGCCUCUCCAGCAUGGGAUGUCAAUUCUCUCUUGCGCUUCUUCUGGCACCGCAUCGUGGCCAGCCAGCCUGACGACGAUACUACCUAUCACAAGGAGGUGGAUUGGUACCUGGACUACUUGAUGGACAGCCUGCGGACGCCGGCAGACAUGGAGCUGUUCAGGCGGAGCAACGUAUUCGAGCAACUACUCAGCCACUAUGCAUCUCGGUCAUGCUCGGCAUCCGCCAAGGACAAGACGGUCAAGCUCCUGUUGCGAGCGACACACGUAGGCGGAAGCACGACUCUGAUCACGAGGUGCGGGCUGAUUCCUUGGAUCGAAAUGAUGCUCGACGGCCAUGACGCUCGACAGAAUGCUCUGAGGGUAUUGGCGGCACGCGUCUACGAGACGUGCGACCAAGACAAGGUGGCGAUGUGGAGCAGCGGUAGUUUGUCUCGGAAGAUAAGCACUCUCACGAAAGUAUAA